UGGUUCUUCGGCUUGCUGUGUUGUGUGCGCUAGCUGGAGAGGAGGACAUGUUCCUCGUGAUGGCCAUGUUUGGCCUAGCAAAGCUGGAGGCGUAUGAAGAACUGAUAGCCCCAACGAUCCUGGAGGGUGUGUGCCCGAUGUUCGAGAAGCCUCACUUCCGCGAGCUGCUGCACGAGCUGCAGCUCCCUGAGGAGAUCGAAAUUCACAGGACAGUCGGAGUCGUGUGCGUUUGAGAACUCUGCGGUAGUUGCUGUAUGCGACGGGCAGGGCGCGCCGGGGUUGUGCUGCUGCUGUGGACAGGCUUCUCAUCUCAGCACGUAGGAAUCAUACCCGUGUCCUGAGUAUCACGGAGGUGCACAUAGUUUCAGACAGCAUCAAUGAUAGCGAAGCAGUUGAUACAGCAGUAGUCUAGACUAUUGAUUUUUGAAAUGUGUUUUUGAGGUCAUACCUGCUGUACUACAGCAGUCUACACGUGUAGCACAUAUAGUCACCGCACUCUCCAUGCGUUCACCACGCGU